AUGUUCGAACUCAAGCUCCUACUGUUUCUGCUGCUGACCUAUACCCCUGAUGUGCUCGCCGCGCCAUCGCAGGUCCCUAUCCAGGUCCCCGAGACGAACGCGAAGCGGAAGCUGCAGGGGAGGUUCCUGCACAUAACGGACAUGCACCCAGAUCCGUACUUCAAGGAGGACGCGUCGGAAACGUCGGCGUGUCACAGGCGGAAACCAAAGAAGGCGCGACCACGCUCGGGCUACUAUGGGAUGCCGUACAGGCUGAAUGGAGGUAACAGCGAUUGCGACUCGCCUAUGACCUUGACGAACUUUACCCUGGAUUACCUGGACAAGCAGUGGAGCAAGGAGAUCGAUUUCGUAGUCUGUGAACAUGAUAAUGACCGGAAGAAUCCUCGUACAACAAAUGAGAUAUACAUGCUUAACCGAGCAAUGGCGAGGAGGAUGGAGGAUGUCUUCUUAAGCAAAGGCAUACCCGUGAUCCCCAGUAUCGGUAUCAUCACGCAGAAUAUCAUGCUCCCAGGCCCGAACGGCGUCACUUCCGAGUUCUCUUCCAUCUGGCGCAACUUCGUGCCUUUCGAGUCUUACCAAGUCUUCCAGCGCGGCGGCUACUUCUCUGUCGAGGUCAUCCCGGCGCAGCUCGCCGUCAUCAGCCUGAACACGAUGUACUUCUACGACUCGAACAAGGCUGUGGGAGGAUGCGAGGACGGUGAUCCAGAGGACCCCGGGAACCUCCAAUUUGACUGGCUCGAGGUGCAGUUGGAUAGGUUUCGGAGUCGGGGCAUGCAGGUGUGGCUCAGCGGUCAUGUACCACCGUCUGCAGACAAUUUCUUCCCCGACUGCCAUGUUAGGUACACCGAGUUGUCAUUGCGCUACCAGGACACAAUACUCGGACACUUGUAUGGGCACAUGAACGCAGACCACUUCUUCUUCCUCGAUGCCGAUCACGUCCGAAGCACACGAAACAGGAAUGUUUCGACGUCGGGCGAGCCGCACUUUGGGAAGAAGAAGCGCAGAGCGCUGUACAACACCUUGCUGAAGACCUUUGACGACCUGCCGAAGCCGAAGCACAACGGGAGCUACGACGACUAUGGCGUGGUGAACGUGUCGCCGUCCGUCGUGCCCAACCCGUACCUGCCGUCGUUCCGGAUAUUCACGUACAACACGACCGGGAGCGCGUACGUGCCCGCCCUGGGGCCAGGGCGGGGAUCGUGCGCCGAUGCAGGUGGCCAAGAGAAAGACGCCUUGCGGUGCGACGUGGCGAAGCCGUGGCACGCGAGCCCGGACGCGCCGUCGCGGACGAACAGGCUAUGGACGCCCCUGGGCUAUGCGCAGUACUAUCUGCCGGACCUGGAGAGCGCCAACAAGAAGCACGCGCCGAAGGUGAAGCUGGAGUACCUGACGUUCGCGCGGGAUGCGCUGCACCCGCAGCCGGGCGAGGGCGAGGGGGCCCGGCACCCGAUCCCGCUGCGCCACCUGCCGAAGACGCUGAGGAACGCGACGGGGGAGGGGGGCGCGAAGUACCUGCCGUACGGCUUGGCGGACCUGACGAUCGGGUCGUGGGCGGGGCUGGGGCGGCGGCUUGCGGGGGGGACGGAGAAGGCGCUGCGGCGGCGGUUCCGGGGGUACAUGUACAUGGGCGGGGAGGGGGCGUGA